UAAAUUGUUAUAUCACAGACUACGUAGAAUCAGUUUAAACAAUGAGAGACAUACACUAUAUCCAAAAACUAUAGCUUUCAUAUUUUUAUGUUGUAGUUAUUAACUUAGUUCAAUAACUCAGUGUAAAUUAAUAUGAAGAACAUUGUUAAAUUAGUAACUAUACAAUUACCCAGUAUAGUGUUACAGCUAAACAUAAUUAGGUUUAUAAAUUAAAUAUUUAUAGGGAUAAUUUGUUGGAGGGAGUUGACAAAUAUUUAAAUGAUUUAAUGACUUUAUUCUUAACAUUCACGAUUAAUAAGAAAACAAUAAGUAUAAUCAAAGUAAAAAUUGGAAGAAUUAAAAUAUUAAAUUUGAUAAUAUAAAGUAUAAUGGCAGAACUUUUAGGAGUAUAAAAGUGCAAUUCAGCCUAUUUUUAGAUAACCAAAUUUAAAUCAAAGUUUUAAACUCAUCAGAAGACUUGAAUUUGUAGCAAAAGAUCACAUAUAUAUGUAAAAUAAAAAGGUAAUUUUGUGAUUAUUGAUGUGAUAAUUGUAAAAAUUCAUUUCAUUUAAAACUAGAAAUAAUUUUUGAUAGAGUAUAUUAAGUUUUUAUAAUCAUAAACAUUUAACAUUUUCUGGAAUGCUCAUUAAUCAUAAUAGAAGGUAUCAGAUUUACUUGUGUUUGUAAACAGGAAGUUGCAUUCAAAUACUCAAUUUCUACAUUUCUCAAUCAGUGGUUUAUGAUCCACCUGGGGUCAUGAAUAUGUUUCUGGAUAAUUUCAAUUUCUUCCAGUUGACUAAAAGUAGGUCAUACACUGAGAGAAAUAUUUCUUGAUUUUCAUUUAUCAAAAUCAAUACAAAUUAUCUUCACAGAUACAUCAUGGAAUAUUCAUUGUGUAAACUUUUGUGAUGACGAUGAUGAGAAUUUAUGUGACGAAGCCAACAAUCAUGAAAAAUUGGAUAGUGCUGAUUCUAAAGACAUAUGUGACACAACUUCCUGUGAAAAUUUAAACUUAAAAGAUGUUUGUGAUAAACAGACAGCAGAUAUGCAGAACUCAAAUGAAGAAAUUCAUCAAAUAAGUGAAAAAAUAGGUGAAACUCUAAAUUCUUGUAAUGUUGAAAAUAGGCUAGAAAUGAAUGGGGAAAGUGGAAAAUUUUCUUCAGAUAUGAAUUGUUUACUAUCAUCAGACCAAAAUAAUCAAUUGGUUACAAAUUCUUCUCACAGUAAUGAAACUGAUUCUGACACAUCACAAAAACUAGAAGAUCCAAAGAUAAAAACAGAAGAAUUAAAAACAUUAGUCAAUAUCAAUCAUAAUUCAGAUAAUGAUAAUGCAGUUUUAGAAGAAAUUAGACAAGUAAAAUCUCAGGAUAAAAACGAUUUUAAAGAAGUUCAAGAUGCUUCUAAGACAGACUCAUCUGUAGAAAAAUUAAAUAUUCGAAAUGAUGAAAAUAGCAAUGAUAACAUAGUACAAAACAUAUGGUCAUCUGAAGCAGAAUCUAGUGAUUCAAGAUGCAGUGGUACCAGUAAUAAUUCCAACAGUCAAAGUGAACAUAAAAAGAAAUUUGGAAAAUUCCGAAUACUUGAUACUGAACUCAGCUUACCGGCGGGAUCUGAUCAAGUUUCAAAAUCCGAAGAUAAGUUAAAUAACAACCAAGUAGCAAAAAGUAGUAUGGAGGUGAGUGCGGUUUCAAAUAGCGAUAAUGCAAGUGUAAACAAUCAAGAACAGUGUGAUAUAUCUACCAUUCAAUUGGCAGCAUCUAGUGAAUUAGUUCAAAACAGUAAUUCAUUACAGAAUUUGGAUUUACAAACACAAAUUUCAGAAAAGGAAGACACUAGUUAUUCUAGCUGUGAAGAAACAGCUGUGAGAAGAAGUAGUCGAAUCCGAUCUAUUGUUGAAAAGAGAGAGAAAGAAAGAGAGGAACGAGAAAAGGUAGAAAAAACUAAAAAAGGAAAAUCUGAUCAUAAAGAAAACACAUCAGAUAAAAAAAGACAGGAGAAACAGAAAGAGGAUAAAAUUCAGUCUGAAAAGAAAAACAAGGAAGAUACUACAAAGAAAUCUGAUGUGGAUACAAAUCAGAAAGAAAAAAGUACACCUGUUCAGGAUAAAAAAGAACGGAAGACUAAAACAAAAGGAAAUAAUAGUGUUCGAGGAAAAAAUAAUGUAAAAAUUGCUGAACAUAAGCAAGAAAGUGAAAAUGAAGAAAAUAAACAAACCAAGACUGAUGUGAAUAUUUCAUCACCUGCACAAUCACAGUCAUCAUCUCCAAAAUAUGAAGGAAGAAAAGAACAAGAUGAUAUUCAAAAUCCAAAGCCAGAAAAAGUAAAAUCACGAUGGAGGCGAAGUAGCGAGUUGGAAAGAGGUGAACUUAGUGGUAGUUCAACACCAACUUAUAUUAUUGAAACUAAUGAAAGGCAUUCACCAGUCCCACUGCCGGUUUCAAAUUUAUCUGAAUCGCAGCAUAAUCACGAAAAAUUACCUGGAAUAGAAGAGGAAGAAGAAACACCAGAACUUCCUCCUCAGUACUUGCAAACUGAAGACAAUAUUUAUUUAUUUGAAAGGAGGAGAUCAAAAUGCAAGAAGGAGGUAAGACGAAUGCUGUGUGAUUGCACAUUAACAAAAGAGGAGAAAGAAAAAAAUAUUCCAGGUUGUGGUGAAGAUUGUUUGAAUAGGCUUUUGAUGAUUGAAUGUGGUUCUCGAUGUGCUACGGGGGACGCAUGUACAAAUAAAAGAUUUCAAAAGAAGGAAUAUGUCAAAACAGAACUCUUUAAAACUGCAAAAAAAGGAUGGGGCUUGAGAAGUUUGCAGGAGCUACCACAGGGAACAUUUGUAAUGGAAUAUGUUGGAGAAGUACUCUGCCCACAAGAAUUUAAGCAGCGUGUUAAACAAUAUGCAAGAGAAAAGACGCAGCAUUAUUACUUUAUGGCGUUAAAAAGUGACGAGAUUAUUGAUGCUACUUACAAAGGAAACCUUUCUCGCUUUAUUAAUCAUAGCUGUGAUCCAAACUGCGAAACACAAAAGUGGACUGUAAAUGGAGAACUUCGAAUUGGAUUUUUCACUCGACGACUGAUACAAGUCGGUGAAGAAUUAACAUUUGAUUAUCAGUUCCAAAGAUACGGGAAAGAGGCGCAAAAGUGUUUUUGCGAAUCUAGUAAUUGCCGAGGUUAUAUAGGAGACGAUAAACAGUUAGAACUGAAGCCUUCUCAGAACAGAAGUCUUAUACCUAAGCGUCGUAAAGCUUUAGAUGAAAGGAAACGAGAAUUGGUAGAAGAUUUUGCAUUAGAGGAGGAAAUUGAAAAAUUAAGUGCUGUUGGAAAGUUACGAAAUCGAGAACAGACACUUAUGCUAGCUAGAUUGAUGGUUCGGGCAGAAGACACUGACACUAGGCAUCGUCUUUUGGAUAUUAUAGAGAAUACAACAGAACAAGCAUGUUUACGGUUGUUUCUGGACUAUCAUGGUCUCUCUCUUCUCUGGAGUUGGAUGGUUGAUGUAGGUGAAGAUGUAGUAUCAUUAAAAACUCAAAUUCUGCGUAUCUUAACUCUUCUUCCUAUUACAAACAAAACAAUGUUGCUCGACAGCAAAGUAAUGAGCGUAGUGGAAAGAUGGGCAAAACAGUUAUCACAAAAGAUGGAAAGAGGAAAGGAUGAAAGUGUAGAAAAUGAAGCAAUUAAUCCAAAUUCCUCUCAAUUAGAAGAAGGUGAACAACCAGUAAAAAAAUUAAAAUUAUGUGAAAGUGCUGACGUUACGUCAGAUAGUGAGAGUUCUGACAGUCCCGCAACUGCUGAUGCUGAUAAUGCGUAUUUAUCCACUGCCAACAGACUGAAUUCAUCUCUUCCACUAAAUACGCCUAGUUCAGACAUUAAUUCGUCUGAAUUUAACUUAAUGAACCAAAUUGAAGGCGACAGGUGUUAUUCUAGAGAACAAGAGGCUAUAAUUCCUCAGUUUGAGAAGAAACCUGAAUGUACAAAUAAUGCACUGUUAAAAGAACCGUUGGGUUCUAAUUCUGGUUUUAGAAGAGAUAAUUUAGAAUUGAGUAGAUUGAAAGAGGAGAAUGAUGAAGGAAAUAAAUUUAUGAUGGGAGAGAGAAGUUCAGAAAUAAUUGGACGUGCAGACGAAGAAAGCAGGGAUACUGUGGAUGAUGAUGACGAAAGGAGAGAGCAUGGAGUAGCAUCAAUGGCUUACAAACUAUUGGAAGUUUGGAAUGGUUUGAAAGAAGUGUUUCGAAUUCCUCGGCUUGAAAAGCAAAAGAGACGAGAGGAUGAACAAGAGGUUGACAGAUAUGAGAAAGAAUAUUCUCGAAAUGUCCGAGAUCAAGAUCAAGAAUGGACGCAACCGAAAGAUAAACAUAAUUCUUUUAAAGAAAAAAAUUAUAGAACCAGAGAAUUUGAAAAGAAUCCAAUGGAUAUCGAAUCGGAGCGUAAACACAUACUAGAUUCUCCAGAAUGGAGAGAAGACAGAUGGCAUUCGAAACCAAACAGGAAAAACAAUAAUGAAAUGGAAGAAGUAAUAAUUAAACCAAGAAAGGGUCCAUUAUUGCCAACACCUCCACGAUUAAGUAAAGAAGAAAGGAGACAUUUAUUUGCUUUAGAAGUUCAGCAGAGAGAUGAAGAAGCGUUAAGGCGUCAACAAGAACAGUCUUCUGUUGUUGAAUACCAACAAGAUACUCAGUAUAUUUAUGAUACAUCAUCAUAUCCUCAGUAUUUUCAGAUAAAUCCUCCUUAUGUUCAACCGAUUCCUAAUGUCCCAGAUCCUCAGCUUCAGGUUUCGACAACAACUACAUCACCUCCGCAAGCUUUAAUCAUACCAGAGACAACAACAGAACCUCCAAUUGCUCCAAUGCCUAGAACUCCUCUUCUUCCGACUCCUACUUUUAUUGAUUCUCAGCGUCAUUGUCCUCAGCCACCUCUUCCAGCUACACCAGUAUCUGUUCCCACGUCCUUUCCUGAACAGCCGGGCCCAGUUGUAUAUCCACCCAGUGGAAUGGUAUAUCCUCCUCCUCCAGCAGCACAGUUACCGUAUGUCACUACUCCAACUGCUCCUUUACCUGCACCAGCACCCGCUCCUACACCUGCUCCAACUCCCAUACCAGCUCCUGCUCCCGCUCCAGCCCCAGCACCCAUUACCGUUCAGCCUGCUCCAACAAUACCACCUCCAUCUUACUUACCAAAUCAGUCUCGCUUUAUUGCGCAAGGACAGCAACUGUAUUACGUUCAGCCUCCCCCUACAGUUCCAAUUCCUGAACCACAACCGAUUGCAGUGCCACAGCCAACAAAUCAUCCUUCAGUGCCUAUUAUACAUAUAGCGCCGGGUUCAUCAAUAAUUGAAGAAAAUCCUUAUGUUCCUCCAUCUCCACCAAAACCAAAACCCAUAAAACUUCCACCUAAUUGGAAAACUGCAAAAGAUGCGGAAGGGAAUAUAUAUUAUUAUCAUGCAAUAACUAGACAAACUCAAUGGGAUCCUCCAACAGCCGAUCAAGCAGAUGAGGACAUGGACUUGGGCACACCAACAUACGACGAGCCUAAACAGUCUAAGAAGAAAGGAACCACAACAGCUGCGGCCGACACGUCAAGUGAAGUGGCGAAGAAGAUCAGAGAACUUUUUAGAACUAAAAUGUCAACUUUCAUCGUUCAAUGUUUGAAUCCUUAUAGGAAACCAGACUGUAAAGUUGGAAGAAUUGCUAGUACAGAAGAUUUUAAGCAUUUGGCCAGAAAGUUGACUCAUUUUGUGAUGGCCAAAGAGUUGAAGCACUGCAAGAAUGUUGAAGAUCUAGAAUGUAAUGAAAACGUCAAACACAAAGCAAAAGAUUUUAUUCACAAGUACAUGGCUAAGUUUGGUUCUGUUUAUAGAAAAGAUGAUUAAGGGAACGUACAGGUUGUAAAUUAUUAUUUUUCCCCGUGCAAAACAACAAUUAUUGCCAGCGGAGCUAACCGAAUCCCUGCCAAGCAUAGUUUUGAUCGAAAACAAAUUCGAUGGUGGUAAAUGAUUCUGCUCAUAAGAUGAACUGAAAAAUAAAAUAAUUAAAAGGAAAAUGGAAGCAUCUCUUGACUUGGCUGCUUCUAAAUAACUUGUAGCCCAUACUCUAUCAUUUCAUUAUUUAGUAUGUCGUGUUCUACAGUGAGAAGAAUUUACAGACGGAAGUGUUUCAUUGGUAGAGAGCGAUGACGAAGUUAAAAGCAUGAUCAUUCAUUUCAAGUGCUAUUGUUAAUAUGCUUCAUUUGUGUGAACAUGGUUGUAAAUAAACAUGAAUUUCACACUUUUUAAUCCGUACGUUAAUUUGUUUUCUUUCCCUCUGGAUAUUCUACAUGCGCUAAGUAAGAAUUACCGAUAAGAUUUUUCUAUGGAAUGGCAACGAAAUUGUCUUCAUAAAUUUUCUUAUUCGAAACAGAUCAGAUGACUUAUUUUCUAGUAAAUUUUUUAUGUGAUUCAAUUUUAAAUACUGUGUACAUUUCUGUGAAGAAAGAAAAUAGAGAAAACUGUUCAGAAAAUCUGAACGAAUAAAUUUAGAAGUUUUUUUCUAAA